AUGAGCAGUUUAAUAUCCUGCGUCGCGUGGGUGAAACGUGGCGUCUCUGCCCAACAUCCAAACAAAUACGUACUGGACGACAAAGAGCUCGAGCGCGUGGCAGAGCUCGCACAUAUUGAACUCGAAGAUGCGCGUACGGAGCUCAUGCGGGCGCACGCGGCCGCGCAGUCUAUGGGUCAGGAGCCGGAGACGGAUAAUGUGGAGGAAGGGGAUGAGGACAGUGAGAGUGGAUGGGUAGACGAGGACGACGACGUGCCAAUGGACGAGGACGGCGCGGCUCCACAAAAGGGCAAGAAAUCCAAGGGCGAUCUUUCCGAGUAUAACUUGGACCACUACGAUGAGGAAGAGGAUGCCGCAGGCCAGUUGGGACCGUUCAGUAGUCGAAAAGGACUAACAUUCUACCGUGAUAACAAUGAGGAUCCCUACAUCACGUUGAAAGAGGAUGAAGAGGAUGACGAGCGUGAAGAUCUUGAAGUCCUGCCCUCCGACAACAUGCUCGCCACAGCGAAAACUGAAGACGACGUCUCGCAACUGGAAGUCUACGUCUACGACGACUCUUCAGAAAACCUCUACGUCCACCAUGACUUGAUGCUCCCCAACUUCCCCCUUUGCCUCGAAUGGCUCGACUUCCCUCCACUCACCGCUUCUUCUUCAUCUACUGCACCUCCCUCCGACGCAAUGGACGAAGAUGCGCCUGCGCCUCGGCAAUUUGGCAACUACAUCGCCGUCGGCACGAUGGACCCUGAGAUUGAGAUCUGGUCUUUGGACGUCGUAGAAGCGAUUUACCCCGACGCUGUUCUUGGUCGACCGGACAAAACUGCCGCACACGUUCCUGUACCCGCCGGCACAGGCAAGAAGAAAAAGAAGAAAGCGAAGCACCGGGCAGUCGAAGCGGCGCACCACGUCGACGCGGUUCUCGGUCUAUCGUGGAAUAAGACCGCGAGACAGUUGUUGGCGAGUGCCAGUGCGGAUCGGACUGUCAAGUUGUGGGACUUGACGAGGGCCGGAGAAGCGAUCCGGAGUUACGACAGCCAUAAGGACAAGGUGCAAGCAGUGCAGUGGAACGGUCCACAAGAUCCUACGACACUCUUGACGGGCUCCUAUGAUCGGACUGUACGCGUCUUUGACUCAAGGACGGCUGAGGCACAGAAGGGAGCUACACUUGGUGCAGAUGUCGAAGCUGUGAGGUGGGAUCCGCAUGAUAUAUACGGCUUCUACGUCUCCUUGGAAAACGGCAUCGUCCUCAACUUCGACACCCGCACCCUCGCGAACGACCUUUCGAUCACCCAACCACCCCGCUUCACACUCGCCGCACAUGAUGGCGCUGCCUCAGCAUUGGACGUCAACCCGCACAUACCCGGGUGCAUCGUGACGGGCGGUACGGACAAGAUGGUCAAGGUCUGGAACGUCGCUGGUCUCGACAACGGCGGAAAGCGCGAAGUUAGCCUUGUCACCAGCCGGGAUCUCGGCGUGGGAAAGGUCUUCUCAGCGUCUUUCUCGCCCGACGACCCGCUUACACUCGCAGCCGCCGGCUCAAAAGCGCGCCUGCAAAUCUGGGACGUCGGCGCCAAUGCCGGCGCGCGCAAAGCGUUUGCGCCGAAACUCUCGGCCUUGGGACGGGCGUUGAGGGAGCGAAGCGGCGCGGGUGUUGUUGGUGUUGUUGAUGAUGCCGAGAGUAGUGAUGGCGAGGGCGGGGAUGACGAGUAG